AUGUUUCCUUUAGCUUCCCCACCAUCUGUUGGAAACAGAGACAUAAUGGUUCAAUUAUCUAGAAAUAAUAGUAAUAAUGUGGAUAGUACUUCAUCUCCUGAUAAAUCAAAUCAAGUUGCAACUGUUGCUUCUGAAACUGGGCCGACAUCCUCAACGAUUGUUCACUUCUAUUCUUCUGAUCCAGUAUUGGUUCCAUCUGAUAACUCAUGGCUUCCUGGUGUUGUUGGUGCCAUUAGACGCGAAGUGGAAAACCAACACUCUCAUGGAGAAUCAAAUGCUGUUAACUCAGCCAAGAACAAAUUAACUGCUUUUUCUGAGACUAGUAGCUCUUCUAUGAAAUAA